GGGUGGCAUGGCCUCAGCGCCGCAAAGGUGUACAUAGAGAUUCACCCGUCUGAGGAGAUACUCGUGCUCGAGUCGCAGGACUCGAUUGGUGGAACAUGGGCCAAAGAUCGAAUCUACGCUGGCUUGAAGUCUAAUAACUUGUUCGACGCAUAUGAGAACCCUGACUUCCCGAUGUCGGAAGAAGUCUACGGCGUGAAACCACACUCGCAUAUUCCCGGAGCAGUCCUGCACCAAUACCUCACGGACUACGCAAAGAAGUUCGGCAUCAUCUCUCGAACUCAGUUCAAGACCAACGUGGACAGUGUCGAGGCCAUCAAGGAUGGAUAUCGUCUGUCCACAACCGGCCCAAGCGGCACCAAGGUAAUCGAGACGAAGAAGCUCAUCGUUGCCACCGGCUUGACUUCCACUCCCAACUUCCCACAAUACCGCGGGAAGGACGACUUCCAGGGCCAGUACUUCCACGCAAAAGACUUUUGCAGGAAGAACGAGACCUUGAAGGCGGCGGAGAAUGUGGUUGUUGUGGGUGGCGCAAAGUCUGCGUACGAUGUCGCCUACGCGUAUGCGACUAACGGCGCACACGUCGAUAUGGUGAUUCGGCCGAAUGGGAAAGGGCCGGUGUAUAUCUCGAAGCCAUGGGUGUUGGGAGGCAAAGCUCGAUUGGAGAAGCUGCUUUCGGUGCGAGCCCUCACAUGGUUCUCUCCGUGUCCGUUUGGUGGUGUUGAUGGGUAUUCAUGGCCACGAUGGUUUCUGCACGGCACGGCUGUGGGAAGAUUCAUUGUCGACAAGUUCUGGGCUUCGCUUGGAGGAGAAGUCAUCGAGACAAAUGCAUAUGCUAAGCACGACGCGCUCAAGCUUCUGCAACCGCGUGACUCUGCCUUCUGGAUAGCAUCUGGCCUCUCCAUCCUCAACUACGACAGCGACUGGUACGAGCUAUGCAAGCAAGGCAAAAUCACCGUCCACGGGGCAGACAUCGACCACCUGUCCAAGCAAAGCGUCCACCUCACCGACGGCACAACCCUCAAAGCCGACAUCGUCGUCACCGCCACAGGCUGGAAGAAAGAACCCACCAUCAAAUUCAUCAACUUCGGCUCCGCAGGCAUCGGCCUCCCGCUCUCAGCAGACGAACAGGCGAGACUGGUCAAGCAGACCGACGAAGAAGUCUUCACCACCUAUCCGCGCCUACGGAAGCAACCCAACCUCCCCUUCGAAAACAAAGGCGACCCCUUCCGCAUGUACCGCUUCAUCGUCCCACCUGCCCGCAUCAACGAGCACAACAUCGCCUUUGCGGGCAUGGUAUCAUCCGUGCUGACUGCGAACCAAGCCAAUGCUCAAGCAGUCUGGAUCUCGGCUUUCCUGGAUGGCAAAUUGGAUCAUCUGCCUUCUUCGCCGGAGGAAGUGACGCGCGAAGUCUUGCUGCACACGCAAUGGAACAAAUGGCGAUACCCCUACGGAUAUGGUGCUACGCUGCCGGAUCUGGCGUUCGAUGCGCAGCCUUACCUCGAUUUGUUGAUCAAUGAUUGCGGGUUGAAGGUUAAUCGGAAGGCUGGGUUGUACGCGGAUCUCACUCAGCCGUAUGAGCCGAAGGACUAUCGAGGCUUGGUUGAUGAGUGGCUUGAGAAGCACCCUCGAAAGGUGUGA